UUUGUGAAGACUAAUUAACCUUGCUUCAUUGACAAUGGCAUUGUGUUUGUUUGCGCUACUGGCCUUCGAAUUUGUGAUCUCCAGCCAAGGACUUCCCGGUGGAUUUCACCACAGAGCUCCUUUCAAGACCAGCGGCCCCUACUCCAUUGCCCAUCGUGGAGCCAAUGGGGAAUUUCCUGAAUCAACUGUUCCAGCGUUCAAGAGGGCAAUACAAGAAGGCAUAGACAUCAUUGAAACGGACAUUGGAGCUACCAAGGAUGGGUUCCUCAUCUGCUUGCACGACACCACUCUGGACGCCAUAACCGAUGUUGCGCAACGCCCAGAGUUUGCAAGUAGAAGAGCAACCUAUCCAGUGGAGGGCGAGAACAUCACUGGUUUUUUUGCGGUCGACUUCACCUUGGAUGAGAUCAAGUCCCUCCGUGUCCACCAGCGCUAUGAGUUUAGGGAUCAAGCUUACAAUGGGAUGUAUCAAAUACCAACAUUCGAGGAGUACAUUGCGAUUGCAUUGGAGGCACCCAGAGUUGUGGGCAUUGAUCCGGAGAUAAAAAACCCAGUCUUCAUCAACAAGCAUGUAACAUGGCCGCACGGGAAGCUCUUCGAAGACAAAUACGUGGAAACACUGCUCAAGUAUGGCUACAACGCACCGUAUCUCUCCGAAUCGUGGCUCCAGCAGCCGAUUUUCAUCCAAUCCUUUGCACCACUCUCGAUCCUGCGCGUUGCAAACCAGACCAAGUCGCCAAAGAUCUUCAACAUUGGCAGAGACACGGACCUCGCCCAAGACACACUCCAGCCAUACUCGGAGCUAAGCAGCGACGCAUACCUGGAUUUCAUCAAAUCGUACGUGGCAGGCAUAUCGACGGACAAGAACACCAUAGCGCCCAUAGACGAGACCACGGGGAGGCUCUCACCGCCGUCGGAUAUAGUGGACCGGGCGCACGUAAGAGGCCUCAUGAUCCAUCCCGCCACCUUUCGCAACGAAGCCCAGUUCAUGGCCAAAGACUUCCGGGCGGAUCCAUACCGCGAGUUUGAUUACUUCUUGCAGGGAUUGCGAGUGGACGCUGUGAUGACCGACUUCCCUUCCACUCUCACAAGCUAUAUGAAUGCCAUCGCCAAGAGCCCAGAUCUAUGGAAGAGCUGUGAAGUUUAGUUUGUCUCCAAGAAGGGCAGUGAAGUUUAGAUGUUCUUUGUCUCCUUGAAGUUUCUUCUUUGCCUCCAAGAUCUAUGGAAGGAAGUUUUGAUCCUCGCUAA